AUGUCUGGCAGGUACCGAAGCCGUGCGCCCAGAGCAGACCCGGAGGAAAAAGAUUAUGUUGGGUUCGCUUCUCUGCCCAAUCAACUGCACAGGAAGUCAGUCAAGAAAGGAUUUGAUUUCACACUCAUGGUUGCAGGUGAAUCUGGCCUGGGUAAAUCCACCUUAGUAAACAGUUUGUUUCUGACUGACCUGCAUAAAGACCGAAAACUUCUCAAUGCAGAGGAGAGAAUCAGUCAGACAGUGGAGAUCAUCAAACACACGGUGGACAUUGAAGAGAAGGGAGUGAAGCUCAAGCUGACCAUUGUGGACACGCCAGGGUUUGGAGACGCCGUUAAUAACACCGAAAGUUGGCGGCCGGUCACAGACUACAUCAAUCAGCAGUUCGAGCAAUACUUCAGAGAUGAGAGUGGUCUUAACAGGAAGAACAUCCAGGACAACAGGGUCCACUGCUGCCUCUACUUUAUUCCUCCCUUUGGACAUGGGCUACGCCCAGUUGACAUAGAAUUCAUGAAGAUACUCCAGGAAAAGGUGAACGUAGUCCCUCUCAUCGCUAAGGCCGACUGUUUGACCCCCACCGAGAUAAAGAAGUUUAAAGAGCGGCUGAGGGAGGAAAUAGAUAAGUGUGGGAUAAAGAUCUACCAGUUCCCAGACUGCGACUCUGAUGAAGACGAGGAGUUCAAGCAGCAGGACAAAGAGCUGAAGGAGAGCACUCCAUUUGCAGUGAUUGGCAGCAACACAGUGGUGGAGGCCCGAGGUCAGAGAGUGAGAGGCCGGCUGUAUCCCUGGGGCAUUGUGGAGGUGGAGAACCCCGCCCAUUGUGACUUUGUGAAGCUGAGAACCAUGCUAAUUCGGACGCACAUGCACGAUUUGAAGGAUAUUACCAACGACUGCCAUUAUGAGAACUACAGGGCACAGUGCAUCCAGACCAUGGCAAGUAAAAUGAACUCGGACAACAGAGUGGAGAGCCCCAUUCCCAUCCUGCCUUUGUCCACGCCAGACGGAGAGACGGAGAAGCUCAUCAAAAAGAAAGACGAAGAGCUGAGGAGGAUGCAGCAAAUGCUUCAGAAGAUGCAGCAGCAGAUGCACGAGCAGGACCUGUGA